UUGCAGGGCACAUAGGCACAGAGUGUAAAAUGGCGCACAGCUGUCGGUGGCGCUUCCCCGCUCGGCCCGGAGGGAGCAGCAACUCCGGCACCGGGAGGAGAGCGGGCCGGGUAAGAGUCACUGCCUCUCUGCGGAACGACCCGGGAGCCCACCCGCACGCCGCUGGCCUCGGACCCGGGUUUGAUGCUGCACUACAGGUCUCUUCGGUCAUCGGGAGCAACCUGCAGAAAUUUCGGGAUGUUUUGGGAGAAUCGAGUGAUUCGAGCAGCGCGGAGGAAGAAGUGUUUGGAGGAUUUGGAACAUGCACUGAGCAAAAAAGAAUACCAAGUCCAUCAACAACCACUUCAGAAGACCCACCCAUACAAGAGAAGAAGCCAAGAGGACGUCCACCGCGCACCCUCACUGGCCAAAAAGCUGCUGUGGAUCGCCUUUCCCCUCCUUCCUUUCUCUCCCCCACACAGGCCAAACCUGAAGGUCCUGAAAGACCAGCCGAGAAGGUGAAAAGACUGCCCGGAAGGCCACCUGGCACCGGGGAAAAGCGAAGAGGCCGUCCGCCGUCAUCGGGUUCCAGAAAAGCUUGGAGUACUGCCAGCCAUGCGGCAGCGGAGGACAAUAGACAAGCCGGGUCUGAGUCCAGCCUGGACAACGGGGAGGACAGAGACCGAAAAGGUGCAAAGAGAGCACCGGUGGGCUCUGCUCAGCCGCACCAUGCCAAUCUACCCCAAGGUGGGCGGGGUGAAUCCAAAGUUCCUAACUUGAAGAGAGCAUCUUCACUGACGUCUUUCAAGUCCCGGCUGAAGACGUUGCCCGGCGUGCCUCGCCGUAGACGUGGACGCCCACCCUCAGCGGAGCGUCUCAAAUCCGCCGCGGCUCAGCUGUCCACCUCCAUGGAAUGUGGAGAAGGAAAACAUAACGCCUUAAAGGGAGGGGAGCGAGGCGCAGAACCACAGCACCCCAUGCCGACUCAUGUGAACGCUGGGGAAGACCAGGACUCUUCCAAUCGUCCAUCCUCGCCAUCUCCUUCCAUACCGGACCAGGCGGUAGGACUCAGAAAAAGCCCUCGACACAGGAAACCCGUCAGGAUUGUCCCGCCGUCCAAGCGCACUGAUGCCACCAUUGCUAAACAGCUUCUGCAGCGCGCUAAGAAAGGAGCGCAGAAACGAAUGGAGAAGGAAGCUGUAGCCGGUGGGACGGGCGCCUUGGAGGCGGGGAUUAGGAAGACUCAGCUGAAGAACAUCAGGCAGUUCAUCAUGCCUGUGGUCAGCACCGUCUCCCUCCGAAUCAUCAAAACCCCAAAGCGCUUUAUUGAAGACGAAGGUAACUUCUUGUCACCUCCACCCCACAUGAAGAUUGCACGGUUGGAUGCCUCCAGUUCAUCAGUGUCCACAUCCACCCAACCCACCUCCACCAUCUCUUCCUCGCCCUCGCCGGCGGUGGCUUCCACUACAGCCACCGCCACCAGCACGGGUACGACCGCACCCAUCGACUGCCUCCCUCCUCCUCCACCUCCAGCUCCCGCCCCCGCCGUCCCUUCAGCAACCGACAGUCUGCUAAAUAGCAAUACCGACAACGCGGCCAACGGGCGAUUCAGCAGUAGCGCCGCUUCUUGCGGAUCGAGCGCCGUGUCACAACAUUCGUCGCAGCUUUCCUCCGCAGAGUCUUCCAGAUCCAGCAGCCCCACUUUGGACGACUCCUCAUGCGACUCGCAGGCUUCCGAGGCCACGCAAGCAUUGUCGGAGGCCGAGGAGCACUCCCCGUCCUCGCAGGUAGAAAGGGAGCCCAACUUGCUACACAGCUCGCAGCCUCCCUCACCUCCCUCGGAGCCGGAGCGCGUUUUACCCAAGAGGAGCCGCCGUGGCCGGAGAGGGCAGGGGGCGGGUCGAGGGACCCAAGGCCAGACUACAAGGGAGACGCUAGCAGCCAGCGGCAAAAAGCCCAUCAUUAGCCCGCCCACUGGUGUGCUGAUGUCAUCCUCUGCGCUUCUAAACUCACAACAAGUUUCAUCCACGGCCUCCUCUUCUUCUCCUCCACCUCCUCCUCUCCUCACACCACCGCAGCCUCCCCAGUCAUCUUCUUCUAGCACAGCUGCUAUCAGUGAGCAUCACUCACAGUCGCCCUGGUUGCCACAUCCCAUCCCGCCGUUCAUGUCUGGCUCAUCAGUGCUAUCCAACAUGUCGGACAAAAGGAGCCGCUCCAUUCUGAGAGAGCCCACCUUCCGCUGGACGUCCCUGUCCCACCCUGAGUACCGGUACUUCUCCUCAGCCAAGUACGCCAAGGAGGGCCUCAUUCGGAAACCCAUUUUUGACAACUUCCGUCCUCCGCCUCUCACCGCUCAGGACGUCGGCCUGCUGCCUCAAGGUGUCAGCGGAGGAGGAGGGGCCGCUCCGGUUUCCUUCCCCGCGCAAGGCGGCGGAUCAGGAACGGGGACCCGCCUGUUCGCCCCUCACCACCCUCACAGCCACCACCAGCAUCCCUCCUCCUCCCGCUUCGACGCACCUCACCCAAAGCGUAGCCCGCUGCUGCGUGCCCCGCGUUUUACGGCCAGCGAAGCCCACUAUAGGAUCUUCGAGUCGGUGACGCUGCACUCGUCCUCCGGCAGAAGCCCGGGUUCGCCUUCCCCCCACCACAAGUCGUCAAGCUCACGGCGCAGGCGGCGACUCAUGUCGGGGAUAAUACGUGGCCAAACGCGGUCUCCUUCCCACUCCAUGACCAGGCGCAGCAGUCAAAUCGGGGAUCGGCAGAUGUCUAGGGGGAGAGGAUCCUCCGAGUUGUCUGACUCCGGCGGUAACCCCAGCCCCUUGCCGGGGGGCUCUGCCACUCCACUAGCUACUAGUGCCUUAACUCCUGCUCCUUUUGGCAAUUUCUCCGUUUCCAUGGGUCUGACCUCACACGGGAUAACUGACAGCAGGAGAGGGCAAGUUGGAAACCCGCCGGCGCCUUUAUCAACCACUUCAUCGGCAUCCUCGCCGCUUUUCCCCCUCUUUCCUUCCGCUGAGCAGGACUCGGGACGAGGAGCUGGGAAAGGAGCUAAAGAGAAAAGCAUGCCAGCUCCCCAGGAGCCUGUUCCAAAGGACAGGGAUGGUGAGAAACACAGGGAGAAGGAAAGUAAGAAGGAAGGGAGGAAGGACUUGGAGAAAAGGAGUAAGGUUACCACUCCAGAUGGCUCCCCUAUUGUGCCCUCCUGCCUCUUUAUAGAUGGGCGGGACUCCGAAGACACUCUUUUAUCUCUUGCUCCAAAAAAGGCUCCGGGGAGACGAAAAUCAAUGUCAGCUGAUGCGGUAACAGACACUCCAUCCUCUGAGGUGCGCGGCGGUUUCCACGCCCCUGCUCCCAAUUCCAUCGCUAAGGAACGUUUGCCUAAGAAGGGGCGAUCUGGCGAGAAGGGCGCCGAUGUGGAGGAUGGGGAAAAGGAGGACGAGAGACAAAGUCCUCCCAGCCAGCAGGCGCUGAGCCUUCCAGGGCAGCCGGGCAAGCAACAUCUCCCGGUCUCCUCUCUUGGGUCCGUGUUGGAACAAGCGGAGAAACAACCUGCGGCCGACAAACGGGUUGUCGGGCUUCUAAGAAAGGCCAAAGCGCAGCUCUUUGAGAUAAAGAAGAGCAAGCUGAAGCCUGCGGACCAAACCAAGGUCCAGGGUCAAGAGAGCGACUCUUCCGAGACCUCGGUACACAGUCCACGCAUCAAGCAUGUGUGCCGUCGUGCAGCUGUGGCGCUCGGUCGAAAUCGUGCAGUGUUCCCUGAUGACAUGCCCACACUUAGUGCCUUGCCCUGGGAGGAGAGGGAGAAGAUCCUGUCUUCCAUGGGGAAUGAUGAUAAGUCCUCAGUAGCAGGCUCGGAGGAGGCCGAGCCUCAGUCCCCACCCAUAAAGCCACGGGAGACACGCCAAAGGGCUGUCCAAGAAGCUCCUCCCAAAAAAGGUCGGCGCUCGCGACGCUGCGGCCAGUGUUCAGGUUGCCAAGUUCCUGAAGAUUGUGGCAUCUGUACCAACUGCCUUGACAAGCCCAAGUUUGGGGGACGGAACAUCAAAAAGCAGUGUUGCAAGAUGAGGAAGUGUCAGAACUUGCAGUGGAUGCCCUCAAAGCUGUUUCUUCAGAAGCAGGGCAAAGGUAAAAAGGACAAGAAGAGGAACCGGUUAGCUGAGAAGAAGGAAGGUCUCAAUCCAGUUAAAGGACAGAACUCGGAGUCUGGCACCAAGCCCGCUGCUGCGCCGUCAAAGGAGGAACCGCCCCACAAAAAGAGCGAAAUUCCUCCUCCCAACCCAGGCGAGGAGAAGUCAAAACAAGAGUCACCACCACAACUAUCCUCCCCAGCUCCGUCAUCUUCUCCUUCCCCGGAUGAAUCCCCGCAAACCACCAGCACAUUCGCAGGCCAGGCCCAAUCUCCGGAAUCCAAGUCCGUCUCCAGCAGCAUCCCGAGCAAGAAGGGCCACAAAGCGCAGCAGCCGGCGUCGUCAUCCUCCUCCUCUUCCUCGUCACCUUCCUCGUCCAGCUCCUCAUCCUCUUCGUCCUCCUCAUCUUCCUCCUCCUCGUCCUCGGCUCAGAAUUCCCCCGCCCCUUCCCCGGCCAUGCCGUCUCAUCCUCAACCGUCCCAACAGCCGCAGGGGCCGCCGAGCGGUCAGGCACCGGCAAGGAAAGACUCCUCAACCAAGAUUCCAUUGAGCGAGCCCAAGAAGAAGACUCAGCAACAAUCGCCGCAACAGCAGAGCUCAGCAACAGCAGGGUCAGAUACAAUUGACCCAAAGCAGCUGAAGAAGCCAUCUUCUCGCUCUGUUCUUCCAUUUCCUAAACAGAAACCAAAAGACAAGACGCUGACCACGAAAUCCCCCGGCAGCUGUACUUUAAACUGGCUGGGCACUCCCUCGACUAGGGGCCAAGCAAAGUCCACGGCGCCCUGCGACGGAGUGCAUCGAAUCAGAGUUGAUUUCAAGAGGGACCACGAUGUAGAGAAGGUGUGGGAGGCGGGUGGCCUCAGCCAGCUCACCUCUGUGCCUGUCACGCCCAGGGUGCUUUGCUUCUUAUGUGCAAGCAGUGGAAAUGUCGAGUUUGUUUUCUGCCAGGUUUGCUGCGAACCGUUCCAUCUCUUUUGCCUGGGGGAAUCUGAACGGCCUCUCCAGGAGCAGUUUGAAAACUGGUGUUGUCGCCGAUGUCACUUCUGUCAGGCCUGCGGGCGCCAGCACCAGGAAACUAAACAGCAGCUGCUGGAGUGUGCUAAGUGCCAUAACAGCUAUCACCCGGAGUGCCUGAGCCCCAACCACCCUGCAAGACCCACCAAAAAGAAGAAAGUCUGGAUUUGCACCAAGUGUGUCUGCUGUAAGCGUUGUGGAACCACCAAGCCCGGCAAGUCCUGGGAUGCCCAGUGGUCACAUGACUUUUCCAUGUGUCACGACUGUGCCAAACUCUUUGCUAAAGGGAACCCUUGCCCACUUUGCAAUAAGUGCUACAAUGAUGAGGACCACGAGAGCAAAACGAUGCAGUGCGGACGCUGCAAUUGUUGGGUUCAUGCCAAGUGUGAGAGCCUGACAGAUGAAAUGUACGAGCUGCUGUCAAAGCUACCGGAGAGCGUUGCCUACGCGUGUACCAAAUGUACAGACCGCCAGCCGGCUGAGUGGCGGACGGCGCUGGAAGGGGAGCUCCAGGGCCGCAUUCGCCACAUCCUCACUGCACUGCUCAACUCGCGCACCUCAACUCACCUACUCCGCUACAGACAGGCGGUGAAACCUCCAGAGCUGAACCCCGAGACUGAAGAGAGCCUUCCAUCUCGUCGCUCCCCUGAAGGCCCAGACCCUCCAGUCCUGACUGAAGCCUCGACUGCAACUUCCGGUGAUUCCCCUGCAGACCUGGAGUCUGUGGAGAAGAAAAUGGAUAAGGGCCGUUACAAAUCUGUGCUGGCAUUCAGUGACGACAUUGCGCGAAUCAUUCAGACUGCAAUCAACAGUGACAUUGGUCAGCCUGAGAGCCGGAAGGCCAACAGCAUGGUCAAGUCUUACUUCAUCCGGCAAAUGGACCGAAACUUUCCCUGGUUCAAAGCGAAAGAUUCCCGCUUCUGGGAAAGGCCAAAUGUCUGCGCCAAUGGUCUCCUUCCCAAUGCUGUCUUGCCCCCAUCCCUGGACCACAACUACGCCCAGUGGCAGGAGAGACUGGAGCUGUCCCGCUCUGAGCACCCCCACCUCAUCAAAAACAUCAUUCCAGCUCCCUGUCCCAAGUUCCCUGCUGAACCAGAUUCUCGAGCAACACCUCCACCCCGCCCUCCAGCUCUACCUCCACUACCUCCACUUAUACCAGAUUGUGAAGACUGCCCAGAGUUUCCUCCUCCACCAGGUGUUAGCGACAACAGAAAAUGUGCACUGUGUCUAAAAUACGGAGACGAGAACACAAACGAGGGUGGCAGGUUGCUGUACAUCGGACAGAACGAGUGGACACACGUCAACUGCGCACUGUGGUCAGCGGAGGUCUUUGAGGACGAUGACGGCUCCCUUAAAAAUGUACACAUGGCUGUUCUCAGGGGGAAACAGCUGCGCUGUGAGAUGUGUCAAAAACCAGGCGCCACAGUGGGUUGCUGCUUCACCUCCUGCACCAGCAACUUUCACUUCAUGUGUGCCCGCCAGGGCCAUUGCGUCUUUCUGGAGGACAACAAAGUCUAUUGUUCCAAGCACAAGGAUCUAAUUAAGGGAGAAGUGGUGUCUGGCUUUGAGGUGACGCGCAGGGUUCUGGUCGAUCUGGAGGGAAUCAGUGUAAAGAGGAAAUGGUUGGCAGGACUGGAGCCUGAAAAUGUUCACAUGAUGAUAGGCUCCAUGACCAUUGACUGUUUGGGCAUAUUGACUGAACUCUCAGACUGCGAACGCAAACUUUUUCCCAUUGGAUACCAAUGUUCCAGGGUGUACUGGAGUACUUUAGAUGCACGAAAGCGCUGCGUGUACACUUGUAGGAUCCUGGUUUGUCACCCUCCUGUGGGAGAGUCCGAGUUUAAAAACAUGGUGGCCCCUGAGGAGAACAUCACCAUAGCACAUAGUCCUCCUCCUCCUCCUGUACAAGACUUUCCUGAUCCAUUUGAGUCUCCGAGGCGUACAGAGACCCUGUCUCCUGCCAAGACCCCCAAGCUUCGAGUCUACAGCAGAAACCGGCAACCCAGCUACCCACCUGUCACCCAGCCUUCUCCAGGAGGUUCCUCUCAACCCCAGACUCAAAUCAGUGAAUCCUCACCAGACCCGGUCAUACGGAACGUUGACUCCCGACGCCACAGCUCUCCUUCUCACGCUGCUCCUCCCCACCAACUGCAUAAAGACCGAGUAGUAAAAUCACUGACUCACAUUUUGCCACGACCUCUUACCUCACCCCCUCCACUUAUCUCCUCACCUGCCCAAGACCCCGAAAAGGCUAAACGCGCCAGCAAGGACUCAAGCCAGAGGGACAAGGAAAGGGCAAGACUUUUCAUGACAGGCCAGAAUAGACCGCAACCUUCCACGCAUCAGGGAGCACGAAACACAGACAAGCUUAAGGGGUCGAGUCGAGGUCAAUCCUCCAAGGAUGCUGAAAGGAACAGAUCAUCAAGCGACUUCAGGCAAAAAGACUCUGACACUGCUGAAUCAAUAGCCAAAGAGCAAGAAAAAAGGAAGCCGGCUACGAAAGAAUUCGACACGGCAAGAAUUCUCGGAAAAGACGCUUCGAGAGAUUCAGAGAAGAGGCGACAAGUAAACAGAGAACCCGACAAAGGGAAACAGGCCAACAGAGAGUCAAACAACAGAGAUGUCGAGAAGAGCAAAUCAGCCUUUAGAGAUUCCGGCUCAAAGGAUAUUGAAAAAGCAAGAGCUGUCAGCAGGGAUUCGGCGUUGAGAGACUCUGAAAAGCAGAGACAAUUUAGCACGGCAAAAGACAGACCAUCCAGCAGAGACUCGGAAAAGGGUCGACCUCCCUCGAGGGAUUCCAGUUAUAGAAGCACAGAGAGAAACAAAGACUCAGGGAAAGAAAGUGACCCUGGCAACCAGUCUAAACACGGCGGAGGUGAAAGUAAGAACCCCAGGCUGGCACCUGGCAAGUCUUCUCCUCCCGUGGGCACCGCCGUCCUCUCCAGCCAUCAGCAGAGAGGCGCUAGCAGCAAGCAGGCUCACAAAUACGGGAAACAUGGAAGCAAAGAGCAGAAUAUUUCUUUGGCUCAUCACAAGUCCGUUUCUCACGUCAUCCAGUCCAAGGACAAACCCGGCUCGGAGAAGGACAGCACGGGAAGCUUAACGCCGUCUUCCCUUUUUAAUGACACGGUUGUGGGAAAAUCGAACUCCCCAACUCUUGCGCGUAAAUCAAAUGAUCAUUCGUCAAGUCCAGCUGCCGGAGCGGCAAUGAAAGCCGUUUGGUCAUCGAGGACACCGGCGGACGACGACCUCGGCAAACGAAGCUCCACGCACACGGCGGCCUCGGCCGCCAAAGACAAACACUCCAAAGUCAAGGCGGCAGGCAACCGAGAGUCGUCGAAAGACCGAGACAGAGUGAAACAUCUCCAAAAUAGCAAAAACAACAGCAAAUCGCCGCUCUUGAACAACACCACCAAAGCCACGGGCAGCUCCAGCGCGCACGGCGCAAAUCCCAACAGCAAUAGUAAAGCUCAGCUGCUUGGAAGCGGCGCCAAAUCCCACGGCAAGCUUCAGGGGGAGACGUCGGAGAAACCAGGAAGCGACAGGUCUUCUUCAAAGAGUCGAGAACAUUUCAGCUGCAGCGUGGACAACAGCCAAGCCACCAAGACGUCCUUUCAGUCCCACGUCAAACCGACGAUGAAGCAGUUAGUGUUGUCUUCGAGAGAGAGAGAGAAAAAGAAAGCUGUAAAGAAGCCCCUCGUGACGCCUCUCAAACCCGACAUUAAGACGGACCCCAACGGCACCAACAACGUGGAUGGCAUUUCAUCCGCUUGUCCCGCGACAACGACCUCCUCAAUUUCUCCUGCUGGCCAGGCGACCCGUCAGCGUGACGGCCCCGCUCUCUUCUCCUCACCUUCCGCCAGCAGCACUGACAGCUCAGAAACCGAUACCCAGACCCAAACAGAGGAGGAGGACUCGCAGAAAGACCACCCGCGCGCUGAGCUACGAGACCACCACGGCCUCCUCACUCGAGGAACGGAAGACGAGGCGGAAAGCCAUGACGAUUAUCACGACAGGGGUAUCGACGACACGCCUCACGAGGACGACAGCGACGGGUCGGGCUCGGCCAAGCGGCGCUACCCUCGUCGCAGUGCCCGCGCUCGCUCCAACAUGUUCUUUGGACUUACACCUUUCUACGGGGUCCGCUCAUACGGGGAAGAGGACCUUCCGUUCUACGGCAGCGCAGAUGGAUCCGGACCCGUGGUUAAAAGGCGGACCGGCCGCAAGAAGUCCGCCGAGGGACAAGUGGACGGGGCGGAUGACAUGAGCACGUCCUCUUCGUCAGGAGACAGCGGAGAUGAAGAUGACAGCGGGAUGAACCAGCGAUUCAAGGACCCGUGUUACUACAACUUCACACGGACAAUAAUCAACCCAGGUGAGGGGCUGCCGUCAAUAGAAGGACUGGAUCAGCGUCUGGGUCGGGGCUCCCAGCUCCAGCGCUUUCUAGAAGAUGAAGAACAGCAGCAGAGGGCACAAGAAAAAACGGAAGAGGACAUGCGCAACGCACUGACUUUGAGCAAGCAGCACAUCGGUCAGCUGGACGGCAUCGACGACGGCUCAGAAAGCGACACGAGCAUCUGCACCGCCAGCACCACGACGACCACAGUCACCUCAGCUUCCACGCCGCACAAGAGCACCCCGAGAAGAAGGGCCAGAGACAGGCACCAGGAGAAAUUGGACUCGCACGACUCUGCCAAAGACGCACACAGCAGUGGCGGAGGAACUGCGACGUUGAGCGGAACCGCUCGAAAGGGGCACAAAGAGAACUGCCUGGCUUUAGGUGGCAAGUCGCAGCCGCAAAGUCAGGGCCAGGAUCCUCUGGAUGCUCAACUAUCCCUCAACACAGACCUUCUUAAAUCAGACUCCGACAAUAACAACAGCGAUGACUGCGGUAACAUUUUGCCGUCAGACAUCAUGGAGUUUGUUCUCAACACGCCGAUGUCAAUGCAGGCCCUGGGCCAGCAAACCGAGUCUUCCUCCUCCGAGCUGCUGCUAGAUGAAGGCUACGGGGUGGACGUCAACCGGCGCAAAGAUAUUCUGUUUGAUGACUUCUCCGAGCCUCUGCCCAGCGCUGAAAGCGGCGGGGUGGGCGAAAGUAGCGUGAACAGCUCUAUCUCCGUCGAGGAGCCGUAUCUUCCACUUGAGCUGCCCUCCGAUCUUUCUGUGCUCACCACACGCAGUCCGACUGUUAAUCCCAGUCAGAACCAUACCGGCGGCAACAUGUUGGGCUUGACGCCCGACCCGGACUCAAUGAGCGGAGGGAAGAGCGGGGACAAGAAAAGAGCGAGACCCGGAGUGUCACCCUCGGAGAAUCAACGCGAUUCCGCCACUUUGGGAAACAGGGAUGCGCAAGUCGCUGAAGGUCACAUGACCCCUGAACAAUUUAUCCCGAGCCCCGCUAUCGGUCAAGUGAUCGAAACCACAGUGAACCAGGAUGUUUCGAGGAAUCCCGGCGCUCCUGCUUUGCCGAGCUCCCCGUCGCUUCCUCUUCAGAGUCAGAAGUUCCUCCCAGCCGCGGCUGCAGGCAGCCCCGUGCCCGGUCCAGGACCAUCCCAAGUUCAAGUUUCUGCCCCAACUGUCAUCAAACCCAGCCCUGAUAAACUCAUUGUGGUCAACCAACAGUUUCAGCCUCUUUAUGUCCUCCAGACUGUCCCCAAUGGAGUCACCCAAAAAAUAACAGCCACGGGAGUGAUGGACACCAGCUCUCAAGCCGUGCUCAGCUCCAUGACGCUCGCCACGGGCUUGAAUACCGGACUAUCUGCAUCCCAGCCUAUAUUUCCUGCCGGUGGCAAAGUCUUAGGUACGAUGUCUCACUCCCCUCAGAUUCACACCUUCAGAGGAACGGCCCAGGCUGGCUUCCAGGCAGGAAUUCCAAGCACCACUUCAGGACUUCUCAUCGGAUUGUCCUCUCGCGAGCAGCCUCAGAUUCUGGUCUCCGAAGCGGGUCGGCGGCACGAGCUGGGCCCCGGUGUCACCAUCGUGUCCAGCGCGUCGUCUCUCACCGCCGUCCCGACCGUUCUCUCCUCUGCCCACGGUAAGAAGAGGCCCAUAUCUCGUCUUCUGCCCAAAAAAACAAAGAAAUUAGCUCGCUCGCGCAGUCAGCCCACUCUGGCCCCCGACGUCGGACCUCCCAACAUGACCCUCAUCAACCUGUCGUCCCCUCAGCUCACAGCGAGUAUCCCCGGCCAGCCUGGUGGCGUAGUCGAGUUAAGUACCCUAACCAGCUCUCAGCGGAAGGUUCCUAAUAUUAUCAAAAGACCCAAAUCCGGUAACGUCAUGUACUUGGAUCCCACUACACUCAUUCAGCCGAGAAUUUCCGGCACUGCCCAGGCUGGUGUGCUGGAUUCCUCCACUCACAUCUUACCUUCGGGACUCAACACCAGUCAGUCAGUUUUAAACGUUGUUCCCGUGCCCUCGAGCGGCGCCGCCGGCCUCCUGACAUCCGGGUCCGUGUCUCUCUCGACGCCCGUCCUCAGCUCGACUGAAAUCACCGGGUCCAUUAGCAAUCUCCUCUUUAAGGCCAGCCCGCACGGGUUGAGCCUGUCCGAUCAGCAGGUGGUCCUUCAGUCCACGGGUCCGACUCCUCUGGUAUCCCAACUGGGCUCUCCCGUGACCUCCUUAGCCAACAGCAUCUGCGUCCUGCCUUCGCAGCAGUCCUUCAGCGUGGCCGUCACUCAGCACGGAGAUACAGAAGGCGGCACUCUGCACCUACGUCCGACUUUUUCCAGACCUCACACUGCCGUUUCCAGCGCGAGCACCACCGUCACAAUUGCGCCAGCCACCACUCUGAGCCCCAUGAAAGGUCGUGUCGUCGGAGUCUUUACCCAGAACCAGACUUCCUUGCACUCCCAGAGCUGCAGAACCACUCCCAUACAACGGACCUUUGAUCAAAGUCUGCAGAACUCAACCGGUGUGGCAUCGGCGACAAUUACAAUUUCAAGGGCGGAAAAGGGCAAACCCAAAGCGAAAAGGAGCAGGAAGAGCACAGACAUGAGCAAUGGCAAAAAGGUGAAGGUCUCGCAAGCUGAGGAGCAUCCCGCGGCGGGACAAAAUCCCUCAAAGUCGAGAACCUCUCAAGAAGCCAGCUAUCCUGAAUCCAUGGACACGGACGAACCCCCAAAUAAGGCAAACAACAAGAGCGUCCUCGGUAAAAAGAAGAACUCAGAAGAUCCCGGUUUCCCCGGAAAGGUUGCCGUCAAAGACAAAGGUUCUCCUACCACAGGACCGGGUUGCGUCGCAGUCGCUUUACCUCCUAACCAAGAUGGCAGAGAGACCGGCUUGGACAGCAAACCCAAGAAGGGCAUCAUCUUUGAGAUUCACAGUGAAGACGGCUUCCACAUCCGCUGUGAAAGCAUCGAAGACGCCUGGAAGUCCCUGACUGAUAAAGUGCAGGAAGCUCGCUCCAACGCCAAACUACAAAAGGUGUCCUUUGAAGGGGUGAACGGACUGAGGAUGCUGGGAGUGGUCCACGAAGCUGUGGUGUUUCUGUUAGAGCAGCUCUACGGCUCCAGACACUGUCGGAGCUAUCGCUUCCGUUUCCACAAACCCAAGGAAACCGAAGAGCCUCACAUCAAUCCCCACGGCUCCGCUCGAGCCGAGGUCCACCACAGGAAGUCUGUUUUUGACAUGUUCAAUUUCCUGGCCUCAAAACACCGCCAGCCGCCUGAGUACCAGCCGCAGGUAGAGGAUGAAGAGGAAGGACAGCUCAGGACUGCCAGACGUGCAUCCAUGGAACUGCCGCUCGCUGUGAGAUUCAAACACCUCAAGGCCACCUCCAAGGAAACUAUUGGAGUAUACAGAUCCCCCAUUCACGGCCGCGGUCUGUUCUGCAAGAAAACCAUCGACGCGGGCGAGAUGGUCAUUGAAUAUUCCGGAAACGUGAUCCGCUCCGUGCUCACCGACAAGCGGGAGAAAUACUACGACGGGAAGGGGAUCGGCUGUUACAUGUUCCGCAUCGAUGACUACGAGGUGGUGGACGCCACCGUGCACGGCAACGCGGCGCGUUUUAUCAACCACUCGUGUGAGCCUAACUGCUACUCGCGGGUCAUCACGGCGGACGGCCUGAAGCACAUCGUCAUCCUGGCCGCCCGCCGCAUCCACCGAGGCGAGGAGCUCACGUACGACUACAAGUUCCCCGUGGAGGACGCCGGCAACAAGCUGCCCUGCAACUGCGGCGCCAAGAAGUGCCGCAAGUUCCUCAACUGACAAGUUUGUGCCAACUUUUGAACUCGAGUCUGCUCUCGCUCGGACGCAAUAUGCAGAGGAGGAGGGGCCAUAAAUAGAAAGUCAAAUAUAUCGUGCCUCCUUUUGCGAAAUGUGGCUCGCCAAGCUUCACCUUUAGCUGAUUGACACUUUGAUUUUAUUGAAAUUUCGAUCGACAAAAAAAAAAAAAAAGACCCAUUCUCAAUCAGUUUAAUUAUUUUUAAAAGAAAAAAAAAAUAAUCAAAGGUUCCGUUUUACACCAAAGUGCAAUUUGUCGAAGGAACAAGAAAUCCGUUUGAAUUAGUUGAUAUUUUCUCUGGUGUGAUCAGCUGUUCUUGUGCACAUUUGGCCUGUGUGAAUGUGCCCUGAUGCCUUCAGAGCCAUGGUGACUUGACCUCGCUAAAGGUACAAACCUGCUGACCUGAGAGCGACUCAAAUGAGGAAAACAAAAAAAUACUAUUCGUCACGCCCAUGCGCUUGAUUUGACCAUGGGAGCGUUGUGUUCUUAACUGGCUGGAGCCUCUUGAAAGAGAGGGGGGAAAAAAAAAGGCAGCUUGAGAUUCUGGUGGACUGACAACCACGGGCCCCCGAGACUCUACUGACGUGCUUUAGUAGACUUAUUUAUCUUUUCAUUUUUUUUUUUUUUUUUUUUAGAUUUUUCUAUUUCGUUGAGGCAAUCCCUGGAGAGCAGUGGAUUUUCUAGAAAGCGCGCCGUCGUUCUUAUCUCGUCUCUCGUUUUUGAUGAUUCUGUUUGGACUCAUCCUUCCAAAUGACAGCAGCAAAGAGAACCAAACACAAACAUGGCGCCCUUGAAUUGAUAUUUUCACACCGCCUCUUGUGAUAACCAUUGUUGUUAUUAUUACGGAGAUGUUCUUACGUGUUUUAAAGUCUUGUCUCUUUUCUGUCUUUUUUUUUAUUGGAAAAAGGCAAAUGUCACGAUUUUAAAAAAAAUGUAAAUAAUGUAUAUUUUUCUACAGCAGCAACAAAAAAAAAGACUUAAAAAGCACUCACUAGUGAAUAGCACUUAAUGAUGGUAUUUAUAUUUUUUUAAAAAGUCAUAUUUAUUUUAUUGCCAUUUUUUGUAGGAAAUAGAGGUUUACAAACACUAAAGCGCUCUCUAUGUUUUGUACUCCGCUGCCUUUGUAAAUUAUUAUUUUUUUUUUUUAAUUAUCAUUUUGUAGGUCUGAAUGUUUUAUUUGAUUCCAAAGACUGACGUUGGCUCGGUCCGCUCGGCUUCAGUCCACCAGGAGCUCGCCACCCGGGCCUUAUGGUCAAAGCUAAUUUCUUUUUUUCUUGUCGUCAUCAUCGUCGUUAUAAUUGGGAGCUGGCGGUGUGGCUCAUGUGAACUACUAUUAUUAUGCACUUGGGAGAGUUUAGAUGGUUGAUCCUCAUCUGAUAUCUCCUCUCUCCAGCCUUAUUGUCUCCUCACCACAUCACAAACACGCAGAGAAGAGAAGUCAUAUCAAUAAGUACACAUCAAAAAAGCAGACAAAGGUUAGUCAAGAUAUCAAGUUGUUUUUUUUAAAUAGUGAGGUGCCUUUAUUUUGAUGCUCCACAUAGCCAGUGAGUGCAAAGGAUGUUUAGAACUGCACUGAAAAGUUAAGAAAAAGUUCUAAGAAAGUCAUUACCUCAAAAAUAUGGAUUUUUUGUUAUAUUAUUAUUGUUAUAUUAUGCCUUUAUCUUAAUAUAUGUCUUUAUUCUCAAAAUAUUAUAAUUUUAAUCUCGAAAAUUUACAAUUCUCUAUCAAAUCUGACGUGUUUUCCGCAACUGCACCACUUUGAUGUAUUACAACUGCAAAAUUUUAUCUAAAAUAUUUUUUUUAAAUGAAACAUUCUGAUUUGUAUCUUAAAAAGAAAAAUGGAUACCUCUGUUUUUCUUGAGUAUUUUGUAAGUCAUAACUGAAAAUUUUUGGAAAGCAACAAAAAACACUAAAUUACUUUUUUUUUUAAUACUGACAUUGUGACCAUAAAUUUAAAACUAUUUUUAAUUGUGCUUUGAGGCUAACGAUAACAGUAAAAACUACCAUUGGGCUUGCAGGAAAUUGUAUUUUUUUUUCUUGUUUUCCCAAAAACGACUGACAAUACAUUAGUCUUGGAAAAUGACUUUCCUUUUUCAUUCUUUUCAGUGCGGGCACUAAUACUCCAGUGCAUAAAAGCACCACUGUGUCAUGUAACCAGAGCUCAACCGUGUUAGGACUUCCAUAAAAACAUCCAUUUGUUUUUUUCUUUUCCUGCCGUUCAUGCUGACAUCAUUCGCAGUGACUCCCACGCUGCCUCCCCCCUCCCCUGGUGAAAAACACCCACACUUGAUCCUAUGUCAUGGGGGGGGGGGGCAGAGAGGUCCCAGAGCGGUGAGGCUCUUACCAAGUGCACUUGACUGUCAGUGGGCACCAAAGUGAAGUGGGCCUAAACCGCUACCCUGACGGUGAGGGUACAUACACAAGCCCCCUCCUACUUGCCACCUGGGGGGGAGGGGCGACUGGCUGGGUUGUGCUGCUACAAUGAAUGUAAACUCAAUUCUUCCACGUUCCUUGCUUUGCGAGCGUGGAUGUUCUUUUCCGUCGCCGUGCCGACAGAUCCGAUGGCUUCACGCGUGAGCAUCGGCGCAAACGUGUCUGCCGAUCUCAAGGGCUCCGUCUAGAAAUUCUAAACUUUCGGUGAAAGGCCUCUUGGACUUCAUUUCCUCUUAGCGGCAGGGGUCACAUCAGUGGCCCCGCCCCCUCUCCGUCUGUAAUUAUAGUAUAAAUACAUGACAAUAUUAUACAGACACAUGCAUAGUCUUGUACGUUAGUAUCUAUAAAAUAUAUGGAAUGGACAGACAAACUUAGUUACAGUAGCAAAAACAGCCGAUUUAUACUAGCAAUGUUUCAAUGUACUCUAUAAUGGUUUUGUGUUACAGUACUAUCAGAUGAAACUAACGUGCAUCAUUUCUUUUUUCGUAUAAUGGAUAUCCAGUACCAGUUUUUGCGGUGCCUGUGAUCGCACCUCAGACCACGAAAGGGGCGGUGCCGUUUUUUUUUUUUCUUUUCAUUCUUUGUUUUCUCGCAAAGGAGCAGUUUUAUGUGAUGUGUAAGUGUAUUCAUGUGCUUGUGAAUUUCUUGAGGUCAUUUCUUUUUAUUCCCCCUUCUCCUUCUUUCAUUGUAUGUUAAAACAGGGACUUUUACUUGAUGUGGUAAUAAUUUAAAAAUUUGAUUUUUUUUUUCGAUAUCCCACCAAAAUGGCGGUUUUUAAGUCCUCUGAAGCUUUGGUUGUACUUAUGUACUGGUUUUUUUUUUUUUAAAUAGAGUCAUAAUGCUGAAUGUUUAAUUUAUUUAUUUUGUGCAACAUCCACAAAGGAGUUGUUACUUGGAAUUUUCAGAGGUCGAACAAGUCGGGGUUGUGUGUUUGUGUGCGCGUAUGUGUGUGAGCGAGAUGAGAUUGUUUCUGGUGAAAACUCAUCAGCCUUGGAUGGAAUGUGGAUUCGCCGUGGGAGCGGAUGUAAAAAAUUUGUGUGUGUGUGGGGGGGGGGCAGAAAACUUGAACAGGCUCUGUCUUUAAACGCCUUCAAUAAGUGUUAUUGUCUUAUCGAUAAUCCGCCUGUCACCACCAUCAUCAUCGUAAUAAACCGUAUUCAUGACAGUGUUCUCUCCCAGCAAUGAAGGAAAACCACCACAGUGAAAAAGAAAAUAAACCACAAAACUAUACUCGGUUGAAUGUAUAAUGAGGAAACAAAGUUGUACAUAAUGUGUAAAAAGAAAAGUUUCUAAUCAUGUUUAUUUUCUAUGCACUUUUUUUAUUUAAGUGAUAGUUUAAAUAAUAAACAUGUCUCCUUUA